AAUGAAAUGAUAAUUAAUAUAAUGGUAAGUUGAUGAUUAAAGCCAACUCUUACUUUUUGAUAACAUGAAUUUGUUGAAAGACUAACACUGUGACGCUGCAUCGUGAGCUCCUUCUGAUUUCGGAAUUAUGAAGACUUGAUUGACUUCAAAACAAGUUCUUCAUGAAUGAAUGGAUAGCUGAAAGAACCAUUGAAAAUCAAAACGUAGCGGGAACUUGCUUUCUUCGACUACGCGACUGUGAAUCCAUCAUGAUCAUCAAGCCGCUAUCUGAAUCAAAUUUAAGUGUUACUGCGUAUUGUGUAACUUCAGCAUAUUUUGAUAAUCAAGCAUCCUUAUCUGUAAACUUGUUGUUAGCAACAUCUGACGGUGUUUUACGUCUAAUUAAAUGUUCUACAAGUGACUACAAUCAAUCAGGUGAAGGUGAAUGGGAACAGAUUAGAAUUUAUCCAACAGGUGAACAAGUCACGAAACUACUUGCAAUAAACUCGAAUCCGUUAACAAUCAUGUGUGGACAUCAUUGUGGUGAAAUCAACUUCUAUACAAUACUAUAA